AGCCAAUGAGCAGUGAAGUUGCACCGCUUUCCGGCUUGAGGUGUCCUUGUAUAGUCCCUUAGGGUCUGUAACUUCUUUCGUCUGAUUGAUAACAAAGUUUGUGGAGAGACGCCAUGCCGUUCAUCGAUCUGGAGAGCAACCUGCCUUCGAGCAAAUUUCCCGACGAGUUUCUGAAAAAGAUGUGCUCCAGCACGGCGGCGGUACUAGGGAAGCCCGAGGACAGGAUGAACUUGACUGUGAGGGCAGGCCUGUCCAUGCUCAUGGCUGGCUCCUCAGCUCCUUGUGUGCAGGUCACUGUCUCUGCCAUUGGGGUGGUGGACAGUGCGGAGAAGAACAAGCAGCACAGCGCCAAGAUCUUCCAGUUCCUCACCCAGGAGCUGGGGCUCAGCGAAGACAGGAUUGUCCUCCGGUUCUGGCCUCUCGAACCCUGGCAAGUUGGGAAGAAAGGGACUGUGAUGACCUUCCUGUGAAGAAUGAGGAUACAAAUGUCACAUUAUUGCUGCAGUGCACCACCAGGAAAGAGAGUGUGGAUUGUUUCUUAUACUUGACAGUUGUGUGCAGAAUGAAGCACAUUUUUCUGUUUAAUAAAUUCCUAGUGCUCCUUAUAUGUAACAGAUAUCAAUGUGACACACUCAAAAAUAAAAAAAAAUAUUAUAAGAAGGAAUGUUGUCUAGUCAAGGGAUCCCUUUUCCAGAUGUAUUUCUUUACAAGGAAGAACAACAUGAAAGGAUUGUUAUAAAUUCUUACUUAUGGCUAUGAGGCAUUAAAAACAGAACGGAAGGUCAAUAUAUCAGCAGCUUUUAGAGCACCUUUGUCUGCUGUGUAAGACUGAGAUUUAUCCUACACAGCUGGCUAGACUGGGUGUAAAAACAUCCCCUGUGAGAACUGGUGUGAUGUAUUGGCUGGUUCUGUUAGAAUAGGAGGUUAAAAAGAGUGACCUGAGGAUAUUCAUUAGUUUAGUUAGAUGCUGGUGCCUGGAAUUGAAGAAAUAAUUGUAGGUAUUGACUAAUUGGAAAAAGUGAUUCUGUAUUUAAGUGAGCUGAGUUCUUGACACGGUGUUAAUAUUUGUUCUCUGUUGCCCUGAGUUUUCUCUUUCUUCCUUCAUUGGUCUGCUCUGCUGAACUGUCUAACUGUGAGUGUCUUCUGGUAACCCUGCAUAAUGCCUCACUCCCAUUGAGGUAUUACCACCUGAACCUGGUACUCCGAAAAUCUUUAACAUGUGUCUGCUUAUAGCACAUUGCUGAUAUUCUGAUUGAUACUCUUUUAUUUUUUUAAUUGCCACAUUUGAAAGUUUUUAUCUGUAUAUUUCAAGGUAUAAUCAUCAUGAAGAGAGACCUUAACGUGACUGUGUACGUUCACUUGUUCUAUCAUGCCCUCUUGUUCUCAGUUAGUGAAAAUGAGCUCCGUGAAGUUGCCCCCCCCUACAGACAGCACAAACGAUGAAAUCCACCUCAUUCGUUAGAGCUACGUUUGUGCCGUUGAAAGUAGUGUUUGUGCUGCUUUUGUUUCCGAGAUAUAGCACCUUCUUUGAUUUUGAUCAGUUGACCCCAGACUUUGCAGCCUUUACAUGAAUAAACAGUCUUACAUUUAACCAUG